AGGAAACGCUCAAGGGAUGAAGAUUAUUCUAACAUACUCCGAAAGGUUAAAAAGUUAGAAGCAAAAUUAAGGCGUCGGCGCCGUUCAUUUUCUACAUCGUCUGAGAGUGACUACGAGCAUCGACGUUAUUAUGAAAUGGACAAUAUGGAUAUUCAAGGAGAUGAAAUCAUAGAUUUGGACGAAGUGGGUGUUCAUUCUCAGCCUACCCACAAUGAGAUAGAUUACGCCGCCCCCUACCCGCCGCCGCCAUCGCCUUCGAGCGCGCAGCCCGCAUCGUUCGCGGAGCGCGUACCGUCAGCGCACGCCGCGCCCGCGCCCGCGCCCCUCGCGCAAGCGGCGCCGCCCGGUGCAUUGUCUGCGCCGACCGUACCGCCACAGUCCGAGCCGUGCGCCCUAAGUGCGCUCGCUGAGUGUUCUGCGCCGCCCGUGACGAGUGCGCCGCCUAUGCAAGAUGACGUUCCAACUGCGCCUAGUGCGCCGUCUAAUGUGAUGUAUAACCAAACUCCUAAUAUUAACUGUAUAUCGAAGAUAAAUACAGACGAGGCUCUUACAGAUGAACAUGAAGUUUACACCAUUACGCCCUGCAUACAGGCCGCCUGCAACACAGUUUCAGCGGGGAGCUUUAAACUCGAGGGGGGCGCCGCCGCGCAUACCUGCAGCGACCGAGCCGCGGCCGACCCACGCGCCCGCGCCCCACCGGCCGUACCGCCAGCAGGAGCGCCGCCCGCCGCCAGCGCCGGCGCCGAGGGGUCGCCGCUACAGCAGCUACACGCGGCACCAGCACUACCAGCGCACGGGCAGGCGUUAGCAGAGGAUCUCCAGGGAGAUCUUACAAUGAGUGCUUAA